AUGAAGGUUAAACUGACCAAUUGGUUUACGCUAGUGCUAUUCUUCGGUAUUAUAUCCGAGGUUUAUUUAGUAAGUCCUCCGUAUAGAGCUCCAUGUGGUGGCGAUAAACACGACUGUGACAAACCGACCAAGUGUCCGGGGAGACUGAGCUGUCAACCUGGUGAAAUGUUGGUCGAUAGUCCCCCUUGUUGUGAGCCAACGUGCUGUGAUGACUGCAGUAACGUUAAGUGUCCCCUAAUUUACGUGCAAAAGCCCACGUGUGUCUGCAAACCAGGCUUGGUACGUAAUAAAGGAUUUUGCAUCGAGCCAUGCCAGUGCCCACCGAAAGAAAAAGAAGAAAAGCACCACAUACUGCCACCGGUGACGACUCCAAAGUGCGAUGAUGUGACAUAUCAAGAUCAGUCAGGCGGAUGCAAAAAGUGCAACUCUGUUCCGGUAAAACCACCAUGUGGAUGUCAACAAAAUACACCUAAACCACCCUGCCCUUGCCAGGUAAAGCCCCUGCCAUGCCCAUGCCAAGGAGUAGUCGCUCCAUCUCCGCCGUGUUCGUGCUAUCCUCCUCCACCGGUAGCUCCACCGAGCCCUUGCGGAGGUCGCUGUGGAUCUGUGUAG